ACUAUCCGUUUUUUAUCACGAACCUUGACGGAGUCCUCUACGAAUGCCCUUUCUUCUCCUGCAUCUAUUGUUUGUCAAUGCUUUAGAUUUCAAUGAGAAGUUCUUUCCCAUGAGGUUCCUUCGCUAGAUCGUUGUUCUUCUUAUUCAACAUAUUUCAUUGUGGACUUUCCUUAAGCAUGAAGUUACCGGAAGAUUGUAAAUGUUUGACAAGAGAGGAGAUGGAAAAUCACUAUUUUCAAAGGCUUGAGACACAUGAAGGAAAAAAUGGAAGGCUAUACUAUCGGAUCAAUGAUUUACCAGGGAGAGAUUUAUAUCAAACCAUUACUCAGAGGAGAGUGGGAACAAUAGCAGUGACAAUACUACAGAGACUGGCAGUUCCAGAAGAAGCAAAGAAAAGUAUUUGUCAUAGGAGUAAGGACCCUGAAGAUGAGAAGCCUCCGAAGAUUGAUGUCUAUAUAAUCACCCACGAGAGAGAAAAUGGAGAAGCUGUUGAUGAUGCAUCGCGCAAAAAGCUGGAUCUCGUCAGGGAGAAAAUUUCUCAAAUCAUGAGAGAAGUAUUUGGUGAGGAGGGUCAUGGCCGAGUUUGCUGUUUAGGACUAGGCAUAAGCCCAAAGCAAGUUGGGCUUACAAAGCCAACGUUUUCGCGAAAGACAAAAUGAAACAGCAUGAGAAAAAGAUACGGGAGAAGCUGCGAGAAGAGGUAUGCCAACAGUUUACUGAACAGAAAAGGGAGUUGGAAAAAAAGUUGGCAGAGCAAGAGCAAUUGAGGAAGGAGGAGAUGGCAACUUUGCAAGCCCAAAUAAAUUUAUCUAGUCCUCCUCCUCUGUUGAUGGCAAUGCUGAAGGUGGAGGAGUGGAAUUAGUGUCUGAUCUCUGCAAUCUGUGUGGAAAUUUUCUCAUUGCUAUGUUUUGAUGUAUCAUCUAUUCUUUUAUUUUUAAUAAAGUCUGAGAAUUUCUAGCAAAAAAAAAAAAAAAAAGAAGAAGAAGAAGAAGAAGCUAGAGGAAGUUCACAAAGCUCUAUUAAUUUGGGUAAGUUAGAAAUUUAGGAUACAGUUAUUGACACAACACUUCAUUGAUCACCUUCUGUUUACAAAACCAGGAAAUAACUAAUGGAAAAUUGAGCUCCUCUGCUUGAUCUUGUUGGGUAA